AGCUUGUCAGUUUUGAUAGUCGGAUUCGUGCAUUAGCUUUUACAGGCUUUAUUUUUCAGGGAAAUUAAGUAUAAUCCUCGGUGUAUAGUAUUUGCAUAACCUUCUUUUAUUGUAUUUAAUUAUGUUAAAAAAGUAAAGCAUUCUUAAAUAAGUGAGGAUGGACAUCGAUGUAAGUAAAGAGAAUAUCCAACCUUUGAGAGGUGGAAGGAACGCCUUGCAAUUAGGAGCUGCAUUACAAGCUCAAUCAGAUGUUGACGCUCAGAAGCAGCUGCAGCAACAAAAAGAUGAACAUGAAGCAGCAAUUAGGCAAUAUCAAGGCCCAGAUCCUUUAGACCCUUGGUUCAACUAUAUCCAAUGGGUUGAACAAUCUUAUCCAAAACACGGCCAUGAAGGUCACAUGGAUAAGUUGAUUAAGGAUUGCUUACAGUUAUUUGAAAGAGAAGAAGCAUAUUUUCAAGACAGAAGACUAGUUAAGUUGUGGAUAAAAUAUAUUGACUCAUUGUCAAAUCCAAUGGAAAUAUAUCAGAGACUAUACAACAUGGGCCUUGGUGUUGAAUGUUCUGAGUUUUAUAGAGCAUGGGCUUGCUAUUGUGAAGAGUCUGGGGAUUUCAAAAAAGCAAAUCAAGUGUAUAUGCUUGGACUGCAAGCCAAAGCCCAGCCUUUAGACGAACUCGAGCAGGCUCAUAUGAAUUUCCAGUUAUUUUAUGCCCAAAGAAUGUUGCAUGAUGAUUCACCAACUAAAAGGAAGGCAGCAUCUGCACUUGCAGAGACAAGGAUGGCUCUCACAUCUUUAAAGUCUUUUAAAAGGCGUAAUAUAGCAGCAGCACCAAUACAACGAGUGGGUGACAAUAUUAAGAGCAUAGUACCCGGAACUUUAAGACAACAAGGUCAUGACGGAAGGCAUCCAACUCAAAAUGUCAUGGUUAAUGUUUAUGAGGACGCGCCAUCGACAUCACGUGACGCGGUGCCUGUAAGUGAAGACCCAGGACUCGCCUCUCUGCUUCAAGUAAAUAACGUGGAAAAUGAAAAAGAAGUUGGAAUGUGGACGAACCCUAAGACUAAAAUGGUACACUCCAAUAUUGUGCCCCAUCAGCCUCUGCCGUUUACACCAUAUGAAGACUCAAAUGACGAAUUGCGGUUGCCGGCAAAUUAUUUGCCUUACUGCGUGGACGACUUAGUAUUCAAUGUGCCUCUAUGCGUACCUGAUCCUUCCGACCCGACUAAAAUACCCUGUUAUAACAAAGUUGAGGUGUAUGUAGGUGAUAAGGAAUAUAGUUUAGAAGAAAUUAGAUCGAGAAAAUACGAUUUAGAGAAAAAAAUCCGACCUGUUCAAGAAGUUGAAGAAAGACAAAACGCACAUACAAACGAGACGUUUAUGCAAUGUAGUGCCUUGGAGACAUUAGCGAAUUGCGCUUUGGAUAGUGAACAUGACCAUAUGUCCCAGCUAAUGCCCCUACAGAUACCUUCUCUUCAGAAUGUUAAAGUCAACUCCAUACAUUCACCCGGAGAGCCUAAAGUACUAGUCAACCUCGAUUCAAAGGAACUAAGUAAUCAUGAAAGUAAAAAGGAUGAAAAAUACGAUAAAGAUAAUCAAAUGGAUGAGGCGGGGUACAAUGGUACAAAUUACCCCAAAAACAAUUUGAUGGAAGAGUUCAAUAGGAGUCUAAUGGGAAAUUUAUUGGGAGAUUCGGUGACAGUGAACACGAAAGAAGCGAGAUGGGAAUUGAGGAACAUCUUCAAUGAUAAUAAUGUUGUAGAACAAUCGAUGGUCCAACCAGUGGAAGAACAAUUUGAAGUUCCAAAAUUCGAUAUACACGAAGACAGAUCCAUAACUAUGGCAUUGAAUACUAAAAAGAAUUACGAUGUAAAUGAUUCUCCAGAUUUGCCAAAUGACAAGGAAAAUGAUAAAAAAUUUGCACCUCCUACACCCAGUGUGCCUCAGGCUAACAAAACCGCAUACUAUGAAGAACCGUCUUGCACCCAAGUGUUCAAUUUCAAUGUGAAAAUGGCGAGUACGCCCAACAUGUCUCAGUUCAAAAAACCUACCAGUUGCAUAGAUGCAAGCAAAUUUUCCAUGACGAAGUUUAAUAUUGACGAAAGUGCUAUGGACCAAGAUCACGUGAAAAGGGAAGAGUUGAAACCGGAUCAGCAUUUGACAGUUGAUAACCAAGGGGUUGGUUUAUCAGUUAUUAUGGAAGCUACGCGGGAAUAUAACAGCAAAUCUGGAUCAAGCUCAUCUGGGCAAUCUACAAGAGGAAACUUUACCGGUUACACAACCAACUAUGACUCAAUGUACAAUAAUGACCCUAUGCAGCAUAACAGCAAACGCGCAUCUUUAGCUUCACAAGCCAGAUUGCCCAACGGACAAUUCAGAAGUGCUCCCCAAAAACCCCAGGAAAAGCAAACUACAGUGCCUUACCAUACACAAGAACAACAGUAUCAAAAACAAGUACAAACUCAGUACAAUGGAUAUAAUUCACAAACAUCUAUGCAAUACCCACAAAACUACAGCUAUCAACACCAACAAGCUUAUAAUAGCCAAGUUAUCAAUCAGCCACAGAUACAAGGCUAUGGAAGUCCCGUAUAUCACAGUCCUCAGCAUCCUGGUAUGCAAAGUCCUCACGAUGUCAAUGCCGCACAGUCUGUUCCUCCCGGAUUCCAAAGCCCCACAUAUUCCAACCAGGGCUAUAGAAGCCCGGGUCACGCUAUGAUGAGUCCCCAAAACCCUUAUCCUGGCCGCCAGGACUUUUAUCCAAAUCAACCCGAAAGGCAGAGUUAUCCAACUCAACAAGCCAUAUAUCAAAGCCCAACUCAGCAACCUCAGUAUCAAAACCCUCAGUAUUAUCAAAGACCUAGUCAACUUCCUCAGAGCCAAGCGUAUAGCCAAAACUACAUGCACUCUCAAUAUAGUACGGCUAAUAUGUACUCUAAUACCAAUCAAACGAAUAGUCCCAAUUAUAGUACUGUCCAAAGUCCAUAUCGACAGCCUCCUAAACAUGCGGAAAAUCAAAGUUUCGGCAUGCAAAACCAAUCUUUUCAAAUAUACCAAAGCCCCCAGCAAUCACAACAUAACUAUAGAAAUACCUCCGGCCAUAACCAUUCUCAGGUUCCCUAUGAUGUGCAAAUGAGACAUGAUAAUAGUUCGGCAAAUGCUGACGAAAGUGGCAAAAAUAAAAGUCAACCUCCAAAUAAGUGUCCGACAACAUCGAGAAACGUCAAGCAAGAACAACCAAACGCUAAGAUCGAACAAAAGUCCCCUGAAGCCGGGUUCUCUAAUCAGUUUCUCAACUUCAUUACAAAUAGAAAUGAACCCAAAGAUAAUGCUAAUACUCCUAAAUUUACUAAUAGUCCAAGUAUUUCGCAAAAGAUGCAUAAAAACCUCUAUGUGUCGAGUCCAGAACAAGCUCAAAUACCACCUUCUUCUGGUCUAUCCGACUCCGACAGUAAAGACGGGAUGACUGCGCAAUCGGCUACUCCUAUACAAUCUGCGAAAAUUUCACAUAUGGUUGACAAAAGUAAAGAUGUCUCCAAACGUCAGCUGGACUUCGAACAUCGUGUAGACAUUCAUUCUGAAGACAGCAGAGAUUCUGUUAACAAAGAUGGCCGAUACGUCGGGUCACGGCAUUCUGAUUAUGGAAUGGAUGUUGAUAGCGAAAAUAGUAUGGACUGCACUGCUUAUAAAUCUAAUCAUUCCAUAUCUAUGGUAUCUACAUCCGACAUACCUCGACCGGCUGACAUUGAAUUUCCUAAAAUAAUUGAUCCAUUUAAUAAGAAAAUCUUGUCAACAUUGCUCGAAUAUGUGAAAUUCCCAAACAAAACCCAUGCCGAAGGUUAUAAUGAAGUAAGGUCUAUACCUAAACUUCAGUUAGCGACUUUAGUAACUGUCGGUGGAAGCAAGUUUUCCAUAGAAAAACAGUUGGGAAAAGGGAAUUACGGCGCAGUAUUCCUAUGCCUAGAUAUCAACAGUAACAAAUCGGUUGCCGUGAAAUAUCAGAAACCAAGCCGGCCCUGGGAAUUCUAUAUUUGCCAAGAAAUAAAGGCUAGAAUAAAAAAUCCAUUCAUGCUUCCAGGUUACAUGGAUAUUAGCACAGCAUUUCUUGGUGAUAAUGCAAGUUUGUUUGUAUCUGAAUAUUCUAAAUAUGGAUCCUUACUAGAUGUGGCUAAUAAAGUUCGCGUAGCUACCUCAAAAUGUAUUAAUGAGCUUAUAGUUAUAUUAUUUACGGCUGAAAUGUUAUCUAUAGUACAUUAUCUUCACAAGGCGCAGAUUAUACAUGCUGAUAUUAAGCCAGACAACUUUCUGUUAAUGAAAAUACCCACUCAAGAAUGGCGAACUCCAUCACUGCAGUUGAUAGAUUUUGGAUGUGCAAUAGAUAUGUCUCUUUUCCCAGAGGAGACAACAUUUAGAGAGGUUAUCGCAACAGAAGGCUUCACUUGUACUGAAAUGAGAGAAGGAAAACCAUGGACAUAUCAAACUGAUUUGUACUGUCUAGCUGGCACUAUACAUGUUAUACUAAUGGGUAGCUACAUGAAGGUGGCUAAUCGUCUUGGGCAGUGGAAUAUUGAUAAAAAAUUACCAAGGUACAUGAAAGUAAGUUUAUGGGAUAAGAUAUUUACAACGCUACUCAAUGUGCCUGAUUGUAAUAACCUACCAGAUCUAAUGGAUCUUAAAGAGAACAUCUUGAAUGAAAUAGACAAUGUGAGCUAUCAUCUUCGCACCUUUGCUAAUGUGCUUAAGUCAAGGUAAAACAAAGUAGGAUAUAAAAUUGUAUUUAUUGCAUUUAGGAGUAACAAUUGUAAAUCUAUAUAAAAACAUUAUGUUCAAUUAAUUCCAUGUGGAAAUUGCAAGAUCUAUAUAUUAUAUAAACUGUUUCUAUCAAAAGCAAUAAGGUGAGAAUCUAAAGUAAAAAUUUGUUUGUUGUUUAGUUAAAUGUGAUAUCUUAUUUUGUCUUUGUUAAUGUAUAUGGAU